AUGACCGCAUACGACCUCUACCUCGUCUCGCCCUAUUUGGCCCUGGCCGCCCUGGCCAUGCUGGUCAUAGUCGCGGACCUGGUCACCCGUCGCACGGGUUUGCUGGUGGCGAUUUCGUUCGUCGGGCUGGCCGCGCCGGCGGCGUUGAGCGCGUGGCAGUUGGCGGACCUGACCAGCAGCGGCGCCAGCCAGUUGUCCGCAGAAGGGUCAGUGAUCCUCUAUACCCUGUCCAUCGACAGGUUUGCGCUGUUUUUCAACUUCCUGAUCCUGGCGGCGGUUGGGCUGGUAGUCCUGGCGUCGAACGAUUACGUCCGGCGCAUGCAGCGAUUGCAGGGGGAAUACUUCGGGCUGAUGCUGCUGUCGGCCACCGGCAUGAUGCUGUUGGCCGCAACCAACGAGCUAAUCUCGAUUUAUAUCGCCCUGGAACUGACCACGUUGCCCCUGGCAGCAUUGGCGGCGUUCCUGCCCAACGCGCGCUCCAGCGAGGCGGGGAUGAAGUUCCUGAUCGUCGGCGCGAUAAGCAGCGCGGUGAUGCUGUACGGAAUGGCGUUGAUUUACGGGUUCACCGGCAGCACGCGACUGGACGAAAUUGCCAUCGCACUGGCUACGAGUUCACAGUCAGGCGCAUUGCCCUUCGGCAGCAUGGCGGUGCUGUUGGCGGUGGUGCUGUUGCUGGCGGGGUUCGGAUUCAAGAUGUCGGCGGCGCCGUUCCAGAUGUGGGUGCCGGACGUGUACGAGGGGGCGCCCACACCGGUGGUCGCCUUCCUGUCCGUCGCGAGCAAGGCGGCCGCAUUUGCCCUGGUUCUCCGGGUUUUCUACAUUGGAUUCGACGCGCUCGGCGGCGAUUGGUGGGUCCUGCUGGCCGGCCUGGCCGCGCUGUCCAUGACCAUCGGCAACCUGGUCGCGAUAGCGCAGCGGAACAUCAAGCGUAUGUUCGGCUACAGCACAAUCGCUCACGCGGGUUACAUACUGGUCGGGGUUGCCGCUGUGGCAACCGUGGACGACGAGUCGCUGACCUUUGGACCCAGCAGCGUGCUGUUCUACCUUGCAGCGUACGCAGCCGCGAACCUGACGGCGUUCUUCGCCAUCGUGUGCAUCGGGAACAGAAUCAACAGCGAUGAGAUCGAGGACUACGCCGGGAUGCUGAGGAGGGCCCCGUUCCUGGCCAUCGCGCUGGCGCUGGCGUUGAUCGCGCUGAUUGGCGUGCCGCCGACCAGCAUAUUCAUGGCGAAGAUCUAUAUCUUUGCCGCCGCCAUCAACACCGGCGAGUCGCUGAUGACGUGGCUGGUGAUCAUUGGGGUGGUGAACAGCGUGGUGUCCGCCUACUACUAUCUGCGGGUGAUCAAGGUCAUGUUCCUGCAGCCGGCGAUCCACACGGAACGAUUGGGCGGGUCCUGGCCGGUGAACGUGGCGCUGGGCGUGGCGGCCCUGUGCAUGAUCUGGUUGGGCGUGGCGCCGGCAACGAUCCUGGGAGCGGCGGAACAGGCGGCGGUCGUGCUGUUGGCCGGCGGCUAG